ACCGUUCCCCGAGUCUUGUUAUAAGGAAUGAUUAUAAAGAUGGCGGAGCGCGGGAGUUUUUGAACUGGUGCUACAGACCGAGACGUUUUCUCACCGAAUGUCUUGUGUAGAACUACGAGUGAUUAUUAUUAUAAAAUCAAAUAUUUUUUGCUAGUUCUUUACUGAAUCAUAGCUAUUUUAUUCUAAUAUUCAGGCAGGUAAAUCUUUCAAAUUGAUCUGAAUAAGUAUUUGUGCAUUGAAGGACAAGUUUGAAGCUACGUGGCCUUUUCAAGGUGACCAUCAUGGUCAAGGACCAUCUGUGAAAGUGUAUAUAGGUAAUAGAUUUUCGGGUAGUCGUAUUAUAACGCUCGAGUUCUUCAGAUCUUUAUUGACGCCAUGGUGAACAUAAAACAACGAGUCCAUUCCAUAUUUUUUAUUUUCAUUGUUAUGUUGUCUCGAGUUCCAUUACUCAAAGCUGCUGCUACUGCGCAACCGCUCAACAAUUCCCUUGGGUCGAUAUACAAAUUAGCAACCAUGUCUAAAUUCGAUUUGCCUGAUCGGUUUAUAGGAAAUGACAAAUCAGUAUGGGUUGAGUAUAUUGGACUCGCUCUCAAGUACAAACCAUUGAAUCUUGGACAAGGUUUUCCUGAUUUUCAUGCACCGGAAAAUGUUAGAAAAGCUUUGGCUGCUACGACACUCAGUGAUAAUCCUCUCUUGAAUCAGUAUACCAGAGGUUUCGGGCAUCCAAGAUUAAUAAAUGCUAUUGCCAAAUUGUAUUCCAAAGUUUUGAACCGAACUUUAGAUGCAAACAAUGAAAUCCUUGUUACCUCUGGAGCAUACGAAGCGUUGUAUGCUACUCUCCAAGGUCACACUUCACCAGGAGAUGAGUGGAUUAUUAUUGAGCCCUUUUUUGAUUGCUAUGAACCAAUGAUUAGAAUGGCAGGAGGUGUUCCUAAAUUUAUCGCUUUAAAACCAACAAAAACUAGUGGCAAAAUCUCCUCUGGGGACUGGGUUUAUGAUAAAAAAGAAAUGGCAAGUUUAUUCAAUGAAAAAACCAAAGGUAUAAUUGUUAAUACUCCACAUAAUCCAGUAGGUAAAGUAUUUACUCGAGAAGAGUUGGAAUUCAUUGCUGAUCUUGCAAAGAAGUGGAAUGUUCUUGUAGUAUCAGAUGAAGUAUAUGAAUGGAUGGUUUACAAACCCUAUGAGCAUAUUAGAAUGGCAACACUGCCUGAUAUGUAUGAGCGUACUAUUACGAUUGGAUCUGCAGGUAAAACUUUUAGUGUGACAGGUUGGAAAAUUGGCUGGGCUUACGGACCAGCUAAUCUAUUAAAAAAUUUACAAGUCGUUCAUCAAAAUACUGUAUACACUUGUUCAACGCCAAUCCAAGAAGCUGUUGCAAUAGGAUUUGAGGAAGAACUAAAACGAUUUGGACAGCCAGAUUGUUAUUUUACUAGUCUUGCAGCAGAACUUUUGCCAAAACGAGAUUAUAUGGCCAAAUUUCUGACAGAAGUUGGUAUGUCUCCAACCAUACCCGAGGGUGGAUAUUUCAUGGUAGCUAACUGGACCGCGUUAGAAAACAAAGUUAAACUUAAUGAAGAAACUGACAAGUACAAAGAUUAUAGAUUCACUAAGUGGAUGACCAAAAAUGUUGGUGUACAGGGCAUUCCUCCAUCAGCUUUUUACAGUGAAGAGCAUAAGCAUUUAGGAGAAGAUAACGUUCGUUACUGUUUUAUCAAGAAAGAUGAAAAUUUGAAAAAAGCCGCGGAAACUCUAAUGAAAUGGAAAUCACAGCAGUAAAAGUUACAGGAUCAAAAGAUGAGAGAUGCCAUUGCUGUUUUGUGCAGUCAAUGUGAUUGAAUAAUGUACAAAGGAUUGCGAAUUUUGCACAUUUUAUAAGAUAACUCUUAAGUAUUAGGCGUUAUUUGAAAUUACGUGAUAAAGAGAUAUUAUUUUAGAUACCAGAAGUUUGUUAAUAUUGUUUCCAUGCGUUUGUUAUUUAAUAUACUAUUUACAAUAAAAAUCUACACAC